CUCAUUCGUCUCCCUUUUCAAUUCUGACCGUCUGUCUGUCUGUCUGACUGUGUCUCUCGAUUUCUCAUCAUCUUUACCAAACGUAGGUGUGUUGGGUUGCUGUUAUUCAAAUUCACAAAAAGAGCUUGAGAUGGACACGUUCUACAUAUCUCAUGGAUCGCCAACGCUGUCAAUAGACGACUCGAUUCCGGCGAGACAUUUCUUGAAGGCGUGGCAGGAAAAAGGUUUCUGCCAGCGCCCAAAGGCCAUUCUCGUUAUCUCUGGACACUGGGACACCGCUGUCCCUUCCGUCAAUGUCAUCACCGGCUUAAACGAAACCAUCCACGAUUUCUAUGGCUUCCCCAAGGAUAUGUACAAGCUCAAGUACCCAGCUCCGGGUGCUCCAGAAUUGGCAAAGAGGGUAAAGGAACUGCUCAUGGCAUCAGAAUUCAAGCAUGUUGAUGAGGAUAGAAAACGAGGGCUUGACCAUGGUGCAUGGGUUCCCCUCAUGUUAAUGUAUCCAGAGGCUGAUAUCCCAGUGUGUCAGCUCUCUGUUCAAUCAGAUAGAGAUGGUACUUAUCACUACAAGUUGGGCAAGGCAUUGGCUCCUCUUAAGGAAGAAGGUGUCCUCAUCAUGGGUUCUGGAAGUGCUACUCACAACUUGAGGAACAUUGGGGGCAGUUCUGUUCCUUCCUGGGCUAUGAAUUUUGAUACCUGGCUUAAAGAUGCUCUUCUUGAAGGAAGAUAUGAAGAUGUGAAUCACUGGGAUGAGAAGGCACCAAGUGCAAAAAUGGCUCACCCUUGGCCAGAUCACUUCUAUCCAUUGCAUGUGGCCAUGGGUGCUGCUGGUGAAAAUGCCAAGGCCAAAACCGCCCACCACAGCUGGGACAUGGGUACUCUUUCUUAUGCCUCUUACCAGUUCACAACAGCCACCAGUUGAAUUUCCUUUGCAAAAGUGUGCUAUUAUACCGUAUGUGCUGUAUCUCCAAAUAAGAUUGGAUACCAACCGGAAGUUCUUGAAGACAAGUUAAUCUGUGUUUGUAUAAUAUUGUAACUACCUUAUGAUAAGUUUAUUAUCUUAAAACCAUAAAGAUUUCACCUUAAUAAUGGCUUGCUUUUGGGGCCCAUAUAUUUAAUACUGAUUAGUAUCUGGUUGGCAAAAA